CUAAAUGGUUGGGAACGUAGAGCUUGGAAGGCUGCGGAGUGAGGCCCUCAUUAGAGUUUGGGAGGAAAGAUAUAGAGAGAGAGAGUAGACUUAAAUCUGAUUCAGCUUCCCCCUCUCAAGGAAAAUGGCCGAUUCCAAAAUCUACCAUUUCGAUGAGGUUGCCAAGCACAAGGGUGCGAAAGAUUGCUGGCUGAUCAUCUCCGGAAAGGUUUAUGAUGUCACUCAAUUUAUGGACGAGCAUCCUGGUGGUGAUGACGUUCUGCUAACAGCAUCUGGGAAAGAUGCAACCAAUGAUUUCGAAGAUAUCGGUCACAGUAAUGCUGCCCGGGAAAUGAUGGAUAAAUACUACAUUGGAAAGAUAGAUGCUUCGACUCUUCCCACAAAGGAUUCUUACGUACAGAAGCAGCAGGUAAUCCAUAAGCCUGAUAACUCCCCGGAGUUCGUGAUCAAAAUAUUACAGUUCCUUCUGCCCGUAAUGAUCUUGGGGUUAGCAUUUGCCGUCCGAUACUUCACGAAGGUGGAUUAGCUGUGUUGCCAUCAUCAUCCUUUCCCUCUGAAGGUUUGGUCUAAUGGCGGAUGAAAGCAUUUACCAGUCCAAGACUUUGGCAUUGUUUCUGCUGUCAUGGCAUGCAUUGCCUUGUUAAGUUGUGCUCGUCUAGAUCUGUCAUAAUUGGAUUGUGUGUGUUUUUCUUGUACUGGAUAUUCUUCAGCUUUCUAAUGUUGAAUCCCAAAAAAGUAGAAUUUAUGGAAA